AUGGCUGCUAAUGCAGCUUAUCUUCUUGAAACUUUCGAAAGUGAGGAGCGCCAAAGAAAUAAAUCGAGAAGAGCCCUUCAGUCUUCUUACAGUUUAAGAGCAAAGAGUGGCUUCAAAUAUUGGCAAGGAACUAACAAUAAGGAUUAUUGUCCGAAAGAUCCUGUCAAGUCCAGAUUCAGUUUCGGAGAGCGCUUUAAUUCUGGAAGAUUUGGUUGCACAAAUGAUCGAUAUUACACAAACGGAGCGCAGAAUUUGCAUUACUGGUCCUCUGUUGAAAAUAAAGAGACAAGACUUUUUGAAGAAAAUUUAGCAAGUAUUUCGACGGAAACUUGUGUUGACGAAGAUCUGUUCAAUGAAUGUUACAGUCUUUGCAGAAUUGAUUUUCUGCAGUGCCGCGAGAGCUGUGAAAAUGCUCUUUGUGAAAAUGAAUGUGUAAAUAAGUUCGGAGAAUGCUCUUCAUAUUGUCCUUGUGGAACAAAUUGUCCGAACGGAUGUCUAAACUGCGCAAGUCCAGUUUGUUCGGACGCAUGCGAUUCGGCAGCGACAGAAAACCAUCAUUUUAUUGAAUGUAGAGAAGAGUCAUUAGAAAAUCAGGCCAUCUGCAUUCGUGCCUGCCCUCCAGACCGCGAUUGCUUUGAACAAUGUAAUGAUCGACUGUUACAAGAUUUGGAUAGCUGCCCUUGCGUAGAGAAUAUAAUUACGACAACAACAUCUUCACCUACAACAACAAAAACGUCGACUUAUGUGCCAACAACAUCAUCAACUAUCAUGCAGCACAUCCUUGUUAUGACCGACAGUCUGAAAGAAUCAUUUACAAUUUCAAUUGAUGGAUUAACAAAGACGUUUCCAUCAAUAAAUGCUACGCGAGAUUCAUAUCUAAGCCAGUGUCCUUAUGCUCUCUUCAAAGACGAGUUAUUUGUAUUUGGUGGGGGAUGGGAUUAUCAAAGAGAAUUUGGCUUCUUCAAAACAACAACUGGACAAGAAUCGGUGAACUUCAAAUCGCUGACUCAUAUGGAUCUGCAAUGA